GCCCGGAUGAAGCAGAUGAAGCCGCGAGCCUCGGCGGCGCCGACGCAGCGCCCGCGAGCGGGCCGCGCCCGAAGGAGGACCCUCUGGCAAUGCUGAUCAAGUUUGCGUCUGUUGGCAAGGCGGGGCGAGAGCAUGUGAAGGAGUCGAAAGCUCACGAUAACGAGUCAAUCGUGUGCGUGGCCAAGCGCUUGCUCGGGACAGCCAGGGCGCAGCUGCCUGGCGCCUCAGACGAACUUGUGCGAGUUGCUGCUGCUGCCGUCCCAUGCCGCCAUUGCCGCCUCGUGGACAUUGGCUUGCGUGAACACUGCAUGCUCCUGCACUUGUUCAUCGGCGACGUCCUCAUCCGCGCGCACGCCGGCGUCUUGUGCGUUUACGGGGACGGCGCUUGGCAAGCAUACAACGGCGUCAUUGCAGAAUCCGUUCUUGCCAGAUGCAGAUCGCACUUACUUCAUCUCGAAGGUGCCUUUCUCUUAUUGUCGACAUGGCCCAGGUCUGCGUCGGACGAAGACUUCCUGCAGCGACUGCGCCAGCUUUGGCAGCGGAUCUCUGGGCUUGAUUCGGACAAGUUUCUGUUGGCAUGCAGGGCGCGAGUAGCGCUCGGGCCCGCCGCCGGCGGCGCGGGUGCAGAGUCGGGCGAAGCGAGCGCGCUGGCGGCCGACGACCCCGGCGACGGCGCGGCGGGGCCCGCGCCCGCGCCCGCGCCCGCCGGCGCCGGUGAACUCGAAGACCCUGCCGGCGGGCCCGCGCCGGCGGCCGCGGGCGCCGGCGGCGAUGGCGAAGACGAGCCUGGUCCGCCAGUUGCGCCCCGCCAGCCGCAGGGCGUCUUCGUGGGCAAAACUACGCAGAAGAUAUCGGCGGCUCUCCAGCAGGAGCUACUGGCGAGGAAGCUGAUCACAUAUUAUUCAGAAUGGUGUCAUUCGCCGCGGCCAGCUUGCCCCGGCGCUGCCUUCAAAGACUCGUGCAUCCUCUUCGCCGAAGACGGGUCCCUGGAGUUUGUCGAGAAAGCGCCGGAGAACGAUGUCUACGUGUACAUUCCACAUAACCUGAAGGACCCAGUGCUCCAGACAACCGAAGACCGACUGCAUAAGUUUCUCUCGCAAACGUUCUGGAAGAAUGAUUUUGCUUUGGAAUGCCAACUUGCGGCGAUGGCAUUGACGCUGCAGGGGGUCAAUAUUGACAGGUGCUUCUGGACUGUGGGCCCUGGCGGAGUCGGCCAGUCGAUCUUAACGCAUCUGAUCCACAACGUUUUCAGCGGGCUUCAUGCUUUCUUGGACACGAACAUCUAUUUCUCUGACGACGAACUGCGGAAGCAAGCUGACGGGCUGAUUGGCAAGCUGAUCACGACAGCGCAGGAGGCGGUGGACAACUCCAGGCACGGCUUCAGGGAGGACCCGUUCAAGAAACAUAUUUCUGCGGACCCCAUCGCCGUGAGAUUACCCUGUGGCAUCGUGACGCGCCUGAUAGAACUGGCGGGGUGGAAGCGCUUGGAGUUGAACAGGCUCCUUCAGUUUACCUCUGCAUCUGCAACCAGUCUGGACAGUAUUCUACGCCGAAGCUGGUUCAUCGGGCUGCGCGUGAAAAUUUUGCUUCCCAACGGAAUUCCAGGCAAGUUGGGGUUGCCAGAUUUGCCGUUGCAAAGACGCGAUGUGUCGGAGUUCGCGGCGGGGAUCGCUCGAAGCAUUCUCAUGGCGUGCAAGAUCUUGUCCAGAUUCAAGUCCGAGGCGGAAGUCAAUGCCAUCCCAGAUGCCGCCAGCAUGGGGAUCUUCGUGAAGGAUCCAACCCUGCGUGCGUUCGUCAAGAGCCAGGUUGUGGCACCGGCCUUCUGGGAGUUGCUGCGGGGCUUCAUGGGGUCGCACUCGCGGACAAGCGCAGAGGACCUCAUCGAAGAGUAUGCCACGGGCGGCGACGGCGGAUUAACGAGAGAUUGCGUGCAGGCUGCGACUGGGCUGUCGCCCGAUAAAGCAGCCGCCGCAGCAGCCGCGGCAUUCGACCCUGUCCAGGCCGCGACAGAUGCCGAUCGUUUGCUUGCAGUUCGAAUUGCAGGGGCUGCUCUGGAUCGCAACUAUGAGAGCAUCUCCGAGCACGACUUUGUGCACAAGUUUGGCUCUGAUGUCGUGGGCGGCUCUAAUGAUGAGCGCAAGGCCGCGUUCGCGCGCCUCCUUGAGCGCGGCCAUUUGGUCUUCGAGAAGAAGACUCAUCGCGGGCAUCCAGCAUACGUGCCACUACUAAAGGUCAGCGGAACCAUGGCAGACCUCGGCCCCGCAGAUCGCGACCUCGUUGGACCAGCGCUGGUGGAAACGAUUCGCUGCAAGGAGCUCACCGAAUACGUCCGCAGCGCUGCCCGCGUCCACAACGCGGAGACGUUCAUCAGAUACCUCGGCGGAGAGGGGGCCGAGAGGCCGAAGAAGCGAGGCAGGAUCGGCAGGAAAACUGCAGACGAUGCAGAGAAACGCGCCGACCUGCUGCAAUCCCUGCGAGCCCAAGAGUCCGCUGCAGACGCAGUGGCGAAGUACGUCGCAGCUUCGGCGGGCGCGGGGCAGGGCGGCGAUGUGUCUGAGACAGCACAAUUCACUACCACAUAUCAGAUGAAGUUUGAUGCGCCGUCCAGAAGGUAUGUGGUUGGCUUCGGUGCCCAGAGCCUGAAUUGGUCCGCUCGUCUGGCCAGGCUGGGUGACGUCGACGAUUGGGACAUCCAGAAAUGCACGUUCACGCUGGCCCCGCAGAUUGCAGCGAGAGUCGAGUUUGCGUUGGGCCAGCACCCGGCAGCGAAGUUUGAGUCUCUUCGUAGAUAUUCCACGGACACGGCCGCAGUAUGCAAGGAGCUCGGCAUGACCACAGAGGAUGCUAAAAGCACGUGCGUAUCUGUCUUCUGUGGCGGCAAUCCGCCCGAAGCGCUCUCCGAGAAUAGCUUCCUCUUGGCGUUGGGGCGCGAGGGCAUUUAUCUUCGCUGGCUUGCUGUCUCAUUGAACCCCGAGAUGCACGAGGUUUUCGUCAACGAUAGUUCUCGGCGGAGCCCGGCUGCGACUACGUGGUUCUACAUGUGGACUUACGUUGAAGAUUGCGUCUUAUCUGCCUGGGUCGAUUUUAUCAAUACACAAGCCGUGCAGCAUUUGAGUCUGCAUUUCGACGGCGUCAUGGUCGAUCCUGGGCGGGUCGGGGAUCGGGCAGCAUUCAAGGCCGACUCGGAGAAGGCGAUCUUGGAGGCCACGGAGUAUUCCGUAGAGGUCGCCUUGAAGAACCACGCGCGUUUCCUGGACAUGCUCGUCGGCGACGCGGAGACCGUGGCGCGCGACGACGCCACUAUUCCGGAGGUACUGCUUGCUGCUGGCAACUGCAUCAGCCUAAUGAUGGCCAGGCUGACGGACAACGUCGCCGCGGCGGCGACCAUGGCGAACAAGCGCAACAAGGCGAACAAGGACGCUGCAGAGCGCAAGGUGCGGACGCACCAAGAUUGCAGCAAACUCAUGAAGCAGUUCCUGGUGCCCUCGUUAGAUUUCCCGACUGGAGAGGGCAGGUAUCUGAUCCACACCGAGAAUGGCGGCCACCCGCAGUGCGUGGCCGCGACCCUGCCCCAGGACGAUGGCUGCCAUGUGUUCGUGGGGGAGAAAACGUACGAUCACGAGACCAAGAUUUCAACCGUGCGUCGGUGCUGGUCCGCGUCUGCAGACUCCAAGUUUCUUGCUCAGUUCAAGCUGUCGGCCGCGGUGUUCCCGCCAAACACGCAGGAACAAGUGCUCCUUGAUUUGAAAGCGGGCGGAUCGGCUAGCGACGGCUCAUGCAGCGGCGGCGCGCCCUACACCAAGGGCAAGGGUCUGCGGCAGGACAUCGCCGACGAGUUCGAGACGCACUUGGCAUUCUGCGUACGCGGGUGCAGGCUCUGCAAGAAGAGCGAUACGACUCACGAGGCCAUCGUCCAUGACCUCCACACCGCGACGACAGUGACGGUCACGCCCUGGCAGUGCAAUAGCAAGAAGUGCCGAUUGACAUACGGCCCCAACUUCGUGUGGGUCGGGGGGCGCAAGAAGAACACUGCUACUCUCGCCGACCUGGAGUGCGCCGGAGUCGUCUUCAUCUCAAGUAAGCGCGGCUUCACUUUGAGAUGCGUGCGGUACUGCGAGGCAAUGUUGUUCAGGAACUUCGUCUCGGCCAGGGGCGCAGACUGGGCCCAGAAGGAUGUCUUUGACGACGGCGACGGCAGCGGUUGGCAGGGGAAGGAAUUCCCUGUCAACGCGCGUAAACUUCACAGCCAUGCUAUCAUGCAUGCGCUGGCCGCGCAGGAGCUGGAACCGCUCGACAAGCAUCUUGACAUCUACGUGGAGGAGGACAUCAACGAGAGCGCCCUGAGAACAUACGACGAGCACCUCCACCGGCGCGUCUAUCCGCCCGCCAACUCCGCUUCCGUUGCUGAGCUAGUGGGCGACGGCCACGAGAAGGUGUUGGUGCGCUGCAACGGCGGCUGCGGCCUUCCAGGAGGGAAAGUGCUGAAGAGGCCUUCGGCCGCUCGGAAGUUCGCUGGGAAGGCCCUGACGAAAAAGCCCGCUGCCGCGAAGACUCGCUCCAAGCCCAAGCCUGUCGCGAAGAAGGCCGCCGUGAUUAAGCGGCCCGCGGCGACCAAGGCUGGCACGAAGCGCAAAGCCCCGAGGUCUCUACACCACAACAACGGGUGGUUCAUGCUUCUGACCACGAGCGGCCGCGCGGUGGCCGUGACCGAGCAUUCCGCGCCAGAGGGCAACGACGUGGUCAAGUCCACAAUCCUCCGGGUUCUCCCGCAGUAUCCGAAGGUCAACUGCUUCAUAUACGACAGGGCAUGCGCGGCGAUGCCUUCGGCGCUCCUGGACGACCAGUUCAAUCAGAUUAAAUACUGGGUCGUCGACAGGCUGCACGCCCAGAAGCACGUGCCCACCUGCGCGUGCAACCCGCUGUUCAUCCAUCGCUUGAAGCUGCGUAUCAGCGGACUUAACACCCAGGUGGCAGAGCAGUGCUUCUCAUGGUUUCGCGGCUACUCGCGGAUCUUCAACGAGAUGUCGCCCAGCCGCCACCGCUUCUUGGUCUUGUACUUCGUUGCCAAGCACAACUCAAUGUUGUCUGCUGGCGACACUGAUCACCUGGGGCACCCAGCGGCAGCCGCCAGUAAGAUUCACAAGAAACCCAGUGGGCAUUACCCGUGCGCUUAA